CUAGGGAGAGAGGAUUCGAGAGGGGGAAUUUUGUUUUUGUGUUUUUGUGUUUUUGUGUUUUUGAUUUUUCCUCUUUUUUUCUUUUUUUUCUUUUUUUUUUUUUUUGUUAGAACGAUCUGGGUUUCGCAAUUUUCUGGGUUUGAUUCAUUCUGAACUAUCGCCGUUUGGAAAUUGAAAACCCACAUCGUUCUUUCACAGAUUUGAAGAGGAAAAUUGAAAGCAUUUGGAAAUUUUUUGUUUGUUUGUUUGUUUGUUUGAUUUAUUUUGGGUGUCCGUGUGAAUCAUUACCACGAACACCCUAAGAUUUUGUGUUUUCCCCUCAGACAAACGAAAUUUCCAUUAGAAAAAUGAACACAGAACCGAGCUGGGAUGGCUCUCCCUCUAAUGCCAUUCAUAUUGCUCCUCAUAAACCAGCUCAAAGGAGGCUCUACCAUGUCUGGAAAGGAAACAAUAAAUUCUUAUGUGGUGGGAGAUUAGUUUUCGGGCAAGACGGAGCGUCUCUCUUUUUAACAUCAUUUUUAAUCGGUGGUCCUGCAAUAAUAUUCUGCAUAAGAAUGCUAGUAGCAGUCCAUAACGAUCGUCGAACGUUUCAUUUCCCUGCACUGAUUGGAGGAUUGGUUCUUACAUCUUUGGAUUUCAUUUUUCUGUUCUUGACUUCUGGUAGAGAUCCGGGGAUCAUUCCGAGAAACUCGAUACCACCUGACUCAGAUGAAGCAGACAUGACCACCCCUUCUAUGGAAUGGGUCAAUCACAAGAAGCCUAAUCUGAAAAUACCCCGAAUCAAGGAUAUAACGAUCAACGGAUACUCGGUGAAAGUGAAGUUUUGUGAUACUUGCCUUCUGUACCGUCCUCCUCGGGCGUCUCAUUGCUCUAUUUGCAACAAUUGUGUUCAGAAGUUCGAUCACCACUGUCCUUGGGUAGGUCAGUGUAUUGGGCUGCGAAAUUAUCGAUUUUUCAUAAUGUUUAUAUCGACAUCUACCACUUUGUGUAUAUACGUCUUUACACUUUCGUGUAUUACCAUUGUUCGACAAAGUGGGAGCAUGUGGACUGUCAUUUCGAACGAUAUCUUGUCCGUUGUCCUUGUCGUAUACUGCUUCGUAUCUGUCUGGUUCGUCGGGGGGCUAACGGUUUUCCAUAUUUAUCUGAUGUGUACCAAUCAGACGACGUACGAAAAUUUUCGAUAUCGCUACGAUAAGAAGAUCAACCCUUUUACCAAAGGGCUAGUGGAAAAUCUGAAGGAUGUUUUCUGGACUAAGAUCCCUCCUUCAUUGAUCGAUUUCCGAGCAUGGGUAGCAGAAGGCGACGAUGUGAGCUUACAAUACAGUGCUUCCUCAACGGGUCGAGGCUUCAUCGUCUCGAAGGAUAAAUUUGACUUAGAAAUGGACAUGAUGUUUCACAAGGAUGCUAGCAUGAAACUUCCUAGUAUGUUGCAAAAUUUGGAUUACGCCGAAAUCGAUGAUGAUUUGAAGAAAAAGGACGUUGUAGACCAAAACAAUGCAUACGCGUUCCCUCCUUCUUUGGAAGAAGGACGGGACGUACAAAAUUCGACGUUAAUCGAAAUGAACGAUAUGAGAACUCAAUAGCGGUUAAUUCGAUCUCAUCAUCACCAGCAAGAUUCCUGAAGAUAAAAAGGUAUUGCUUCUUGCUUUUGCUGUAAAGUUGGACGUGUCACGAUUAUCAGGUCGAUGAAGCAAGAUCAUAUUUGUUCAGGGCGUGCCGAGUCUAAAUAUUCAGUAGGAUAGCGUAUCCACUGGCAUCAGCGGAGACGGGAUUGAGCAUUGAUGUCAUCUUGUUUUCAAUAGGGAUCAACUCUAAAAAGGGAUUUGGGAGUGUACUUCAUGAGGAAAUGAUUGUAAGUAUUGUGUAGAAUCAAACUCCAUUUUCCUCUCCAUUUUUAUGUUCACCUAAAUCUUGUUUACAAAUAGUUAAUGUUUCAACAAAUUAUAUCUUUGGUCUCA